UUUGCCACACUACAUACGUAAAGGAUUAAAAGACUUGAGGACUUACUGCUGCAGAAUGAUUAGUAACGGGUUAUUUCAAUUUUGUGUCGCGGAUCUUUGGACUCGAAGUAUCAAGGGCACUUGGUAGUAUUGUAAGUAAAUAUGGUGAUGUUGUUAUGGGUUUGAAAGUGUUGGCGCUAAUUGUGAUUUCAGACAUUCUUCAAAGAGCGCUGCCAUUGUUUACUUUUUGGUAGCAUGGAAGAUAAACAAGAAAUGAACAGGGUAAAUGAAACAACAAAAAUGGUAAUCAGAGGUACGGCUAGGUAUACAUUACGUUCAAAGAGAGAUGACGUUAAAACCGGCAAUGUGAAAGAAAAUUCGAAGGAAACGAAAGAGCUUAAAAAGCCAGCUGCUGUGAGGAAACGAAGUCAUUUGAAAAUAAAUUAUGAGGUAGGAGAAACUUCUCAGUAUUUUGAUAAUACACAGUCAAGUCAAGAAAUAGUUGUAACUGAUGCACAUGAUGCAGACCAGGCGAAGAAAGGAAAAUGGGAACCCCAAAAUUGGCAACAAAUAUUGGCUAACAUACGUGAGAUGAGAAAAAACAGAGAUGCGCCUGUAGAUGACAUGGGAUGUGACAAGUGUAUGGAUGAGGAGGCUGCACCAGAGGUAAUGAGGUAUCAGUCCCUCAUCUCAUUGAUGUUGUCGAGCCAAACAAAAGAUCAGAUUACACAUGCUGCAAUGAUGAAGCUACGAAAGCAUGGACUGACAGUGUCCAAUAUAUUAGCCACUGAUGAUAAAGUACUAGGCGAACUGAUAUAUCCCGUUGGGUUUUGGAAGAGUAAGGUUAAUUACAUUAAGAAGACUACACAAAUACUAAAAGAUGAAUUUGGAGGUGACAUUCCAAAUACUGUUGAAGGUCUUUGCAAACUUCCUGGUGUAGGUCCUAAGAUGGCACAUCUCUGCAUGCAGGUGGCUUGGAAUGUAGUAAGCGGAAUAGGUGUUGAUACACAUGUGCACCGGAUAUCAAAUCGCAUUGGCUGGGUGAGGAAACCAACAAAAACACCAGAAGAGACUCGUGUUGCUUUGGAAUCCUGGCUGCCUCGAGAUCUGUGGACAGAAGUUAAUCACCUGUUGGUUGGAUUUGGACAGCAGAUAUGUCUACCAGUAAAACCACAGUGUUCCAGCUGUCUAAAUCAGCAGUUGUGUCCCUUUGGGCGCACGCAGACCAAAACAAAAAAAAUGAAAUGCACACAUCAAAGGUGUGAUCUCUGAGUAAUCUGUUCAGCAUUAGCAAUAUAAUUAAAUGUGAAAUGUGUGUGAAUGGAUUUUAAAACACUUUAGAGUGAAAACAGUAAUGAAAUAGCUGUACUUAUUAACAUAUCUGCAUUUCUUCUCUCUAUUAUCACACCGAUCGUGUGGGCAUUUCUAUUGACAUUUAAUGUGAGAGAUGACUUGAGCAGCUUCUUUAUUUUUUGAAUACUUUUAGAUUUGUAGUGAAUUUCAAUAAAGCUAUAUGUUUUUUUUAU